UCUGAUCUUCUGAAAUCCUUGAAGGAGCCACACAACCAGCAGAGAAUCAUUAACAGCAUUAGAAUGAAUCAGGAGAUACGCAUAGUUUUGGUUGGUAAAACAGGUGCUGGCAAGAGUGCUACAGGAAAUACCAUUCUUGGUGAGAAGAUAUUUCAUGCAGAGUCAAGAGCUUCAUCAAUCACUAAAGAGUGUCAGUUUGAAUCACGGAUGAUAAAUGGAAGGCAGGUUUGUGUUGUGGACACUCCUGGUCUAUAUAACACAAAACUGUCUAAUGAAGAAGUCUUAAAAGAGGUUGUGAAUUGCAUCAAACUUGCAGCUCCAGGUCCUCAUGUCUUUCUUCUUGUAAUGGCUAUUGGGCGCUUCACUAAAGAAGAGAAAAACACCAAUGAUUUGAUUCAUGCAGUCUUUGGCCAAGCAGUGCUCAACCACAUGAUGGUCUUGUUCACUAGGGCAGAUGAUCUUGAAGAAUGGACAUUUGAAGAUUACAUUAAGGAGAGACCAGAGCUAAAACAAGUGAUAAAUGCAUGCAGAGGGAAUUACCAUGUAUUCAACAAUAGAGAGAAGUCAGACCGUACACAGGUUGAUGAGUUCAUGGGGAAGAUUGUAGCCAUGAUAAAACAGAAUCAUAACAGCUACUACAGCCACCACAUGUUUACAAUGGCACAAUUACUCAACAGUGCUAGGAGAACCACAAAGGAAAAGGACAAAAUUAUUGCUGACCUAGUAAAGGAAAUAAAAGCCUUACAAAAAGAAACAGACAAGUCAUCUUGCAGCAUACUAUAGUAUACUUGAGUAUAAGAUGUCCGCAUCUCAUAAAAUGUAUGAAAAGUCAGAAGAGAAUGUUAUAUUCUAACAGUUCAUGUUUUAUUUAUCGUGUUGUUUUUCUUUUAGAUUUUUGUGAACAUAUAUGUAUAAUUUAUUUACUUACUUAUUUAUUUAAUUAUCAGAUUAAAGAUGUCCAGAUAAUCUGCUUAAUAUACUAGGAAUUUGAUUGGGGUUAGAAGUUUACAGACAUUAUUGUUGUAUUAUUAGUUGUUAACAGUAACCAUGUUUGUUUUGUCAUUUUUAAUUUUGUUAUCUCCAGUUAUAUUUUGCUUUUUAUUUUAGA